AUGCCGCUCGAGCCAAACUUCGACGUCUCGGGAGACGAGAGCGAUAGAGCGGACGACGUAAAGGUGACGGGGCGAUCGCAGGCGCGAGAGAAUGUCACGAGUGAUCGAGUCGCUCUCGGUAUGGAUCGAAACGAUCCUACGACGUCACGUGGAGGUGGAGACGCGCCGCGAGGUUUGGACGCGCAAGCGGGCUCGAGGUUGGAGACUCAAGUGACACGCAAUCAGAGGCCUGAGGCGGUUGUGCGGCGGGUGCCAAGUGACGGAUCGAACGAGCAGCAGGUUUCAAAGGGCGGUGAUGCGAAGAAGACAGUUGCGAGCGCCGGUGCGAGUCUGAAAUCGGGCAAGGACUCAGCAAGUUCCACACAGUGGUGCGCGGUGACGAUGGUGGAAGUUUUCGGCGAAGAGCCAGUGCCUGGCGUACUUCUUGACAUAUCUAACUUCUUGCCCGACGCUGAAUCGCGAGCGAGAUAUCGUGCGGUUCGAGUGCUCGGAGAGAACGAAGUCAUGCUCUUGGGUGCGGGAAAUGAUGAGGCUAUCAGGACAGACAUAGAGUUCAUCAAAUUUUGUUCCGCAAAGGCGAAGGGAGAGGUGGCACCUUUGGAUAAUCCGGCAAAGUUAGCGACAGAAGCACGGCUAGUAGAACUCCCAUUGCGCGACGUACUUGAAAAGAAUCACAAUCCGUCAAAGCCCAGCAAAACCGGCGUGACUACUUGGUGGGAUGGCGAUGUUUACCAGUUACAGACUAAACUAGAAACCGUGGGUCGACGCGGAGCGAAGAAAUUUUACUCCACUUUUUUCAGGAUCGAUCAUGUCACCGGUAACGUGCUCGGUUUUCCAAACUGCAAUGCGAGAGGGGACGAGUCGCUUGGUUGUACUCAAACGCGACUGCGCUCGAUGAAAGCUGUGGAGAAAGUGCUCGGUAGAUUACGAGAACAGGCCCGAAAAUCAAGAGACCUAUGGAAGCAAUUUGAGAAAGAAUCGAGUUUUAAGGGUGCGAGGUUUGACGAGCCUGAUACGCUCAAAGAGCUAGGCGAAAUAAAAAGUGUAAAAAGGUACGAGGUAAACCGUGCUGGUGGACGAAAGAUGGUGGCGCCUAUUCCACAUCAACCUACUGUAUCUGAAAAGUCGAAGGGCUUAAAAAGGAUGAACCCAGAACCUGCAUCAGGCGCAAUUACAGAGACGUCCAAAUCCGCUCUCGCAAAAGUACUGAAGGUCACAGCAAGAAAAACGAAGAACGAGAAGGUGGAAGAGCAGACAAAGGGAACAAAUGGAGCGAGAAAGAAGAAGCAUGCGGAAGCAAUACAACCUUGGGGCGGACACAAGCCACCCACCGUGGUCGUCAUAGGUGCGGGGCCGGCUGGAUUGAGCGCAGCCCGGAGUUUGAAAGCACACGGUGUUGAAGUUGUUGUUCUUGAAUCACGCGAUCGUGCCGGCGGACGCUGUCACACCGUUGAGAUGAGCGCCAUGACGGAGUACGGUCUACCGAGUAUAAAUGUUGAUCUUGGGGCUUCGUUUGUACACGGAUGUCACACGUAUAACCCACUGUUCGUGAUCGCUAAGGAGAACAAAGUUACACUGAAUAAUGCUGGCGGCGGCUACAGCGCCGGCUGGGGUGAACGAGCUCUAUGGUAUGACACGGUGCAAGGCGGUCGCGUCAAGGAAAAAAUAGUACAACAAGCCUUCAGGCUGGUUCGAAAAUCGACUGAACUCAUGUUUCGGGACGAGUCGAGAGACGAGAUGCAACAACUCUACUCACCCAUCAAGCCGCCGGUAUCCAGCGGAAUGUUAGAGUCAGCGGCUAUUAACGCCAAACCGGUGCCAACGCAAAGGAUUCAUGUCGAUCAACAUGUGACUGAAGACUGCUCACUAGAAGAUGCUUUCAACCACGCCACCGAUAAAAUAACUAGUCAACUUCUCAACGGUGACAAGCGCUUUUCCCAACUGAAACCAGUUUAUGAAAACAUACCAACCGUCACAUGGGCGUAUGUCUCGCCGAUGAGUGAGAUGUCUUUUAGCAUCGCGCGAACGUUCAACAACGAAGUUCUCGAAGCAAAAGAACUGCUAGAGCGAGAUAUCGUUUCAGAAGACUCGGGAGACAAAGGCCAGGGGGCUGAGGCCAUGGAACCUAUCGAUUUGAGCGAUGGGAUGGUGGUCGAUGGUUAUAAAAAUCUCAUCGUAGACCGAUUGGUUGGACAAGGAAAAGAACAGUUGGACAUUAAGUACGAGCAUGCGGUUACACGUGUCACUCAGGUGAGAGAAAAUGAACGACAUAACAAGUUCGGGACUCGAGAGUAUGACGGAAUUUCGUACGACAUUGAGUGCUCAAAUGGAAAGAAUAUCAAGUGCGAUUACGUCAUAGUUACGGUGCCUCUGGGGGUCCUACAAAAGCAAAAGAUCGCGUUCGAGCCGUCUCUCAGCGAUGAGAAAUGGAAGGCGAUAAAACGUCUUGGGAUGGGUACUGAGAACAAGAUAUACAUGCGCUUCGCCGAAGUGUUCUGGCCUAAGGCAAAAUUUACGCAGUGUACGGACCUGCGAUACCGCUUUCUCAACUUGGAUGCCUACGGGAAGAAGAAUACGCUUUUAGCACAUGUUUCACCGCCGUACGCGAAUGAUUUUGACGGUAAAGUAGACGACCGCGAUGUCGUCCGAGACGUGUGCCGAAUUCUCCAGAAGAUGUUCAAACUGAAAGAGCUUCCAGUACCGUUAGACUCAAAGGUGACGAGGUGGGGCCAGGACGAGCACUCGUACGGCGCUUACUCGUACAUGAAGGUUGGUUCAUCGGUCGAAGACGUAAAAAAUCUGAGCGCCACUGAACAUGGUGGCCGCGUAUAUUUUGCUGGUGAAGCCUGCUCCAUCGAAGGCGCGCAGUGUGUUCACGGCGCCGUACUCACGGGCAACGCGGCGGCGAUGAACAUCUUGAAUCUAGGUAGAGUAGAAGUUCAUGAGAAGAAAAUCGUCGGCGGAUCUGCUGGCACGCAGUUACAUGACGACGUGAACUGGGCAAAGUGUUGCGAAUGCAAGAUUUUUCGCCGAGCGCCGCCGAGUUUCGAUGCGACUGCCAAGUUUAAAUGCAAGGAUGCCAUUGCUUGGAACACUUGGCUCGGCAAACUUGGAUGCGAGUAUCACGAUGGCACCUUUCUUCCUGACGCCCGGCACGAACGCCUCGUGCACAUACGUCCCGAUCAUCUCUCCAGCGCCCACUGUACACGGACGCGCGAUGCGAACGAACAGCUCUUAUGCUGUAGGAAGAUUUGA